GCGCGGGAGGGGCGGGGCGUGGCGGGCGCGCGGCCGCUGCGUUGAGGCGGCGUUGAGGGACCCGCGGCGGGACGGCGGCGGCGACAGCGGCGGCGACAGCGGCAUCGGAGCAUCAGCAUCUGGAUCGGGGCAGCGCUGCGCAGAGACGGCUCUGAGGAAACGCGGGCCGGGCUCCGAGGCGGCCCCGAGGGGACGCGGGGACCAUGGCAGACCACGAAGCGCAGAAGCCCCGGCGGCCGCAAGAUGAUGUUGAUACUGGCCUCGGUGUGUGUGGAUGGAUCCUGGUCAUCACCUCGCUUGUUUUCACUGUUCUUACAUUUCCUAUAUCAGUAUGGAUGUGCAUAAAGAUUAUCAAGGAAUACGAGCGAGCCAUCAUCUUCAGACUUGGACGCAUCCUGAAAGGGGGAGCAAAGGGACCAGGUUUGUUUUUUGUCCUGCCUUGCACAGACAGCUUCAUCAAAGUUGAUAUGAGAACCAUCUCUUUUGAUAUCCCUCCUCAGGAGAUCCUGACCAAGGACUCGGUGACAGUUAACGUGGAUGGAGUGGUUUAUUACAGGGUGCAGAACGCCACCCUGGCCGUGGCAAACAUCACCAACGCCGACUCAGCCACUCGGCUCCUGGCACAGACCACCCUGAGGAAUGUCCUGGGCACCAAAAGCCUCUCUGAGAUCCUCUCUGACCGGGAGGAAAUUGCACACAGCAUGCAGGUCACACUUGAUGAGGCAACAGAUGAUUGGGGCAUUAAGGUGGAACGUGUGGAGAUCAAGGAUGUGAAGUUGCCUGUCCAGCUGCAGAGAGCCAUGGCUGCAGAAGCAGAGGCUGCCCGGGAGGCAAGAGCCAAGGUGAUCGCGGCCGAGGGGGAGAUGAAAGCCUCCAGGGCGCUGAAGGAGGCGUCCGUGGUGAUCACGGAGUCUCCUGCUGCUCUCCAGCUGCGCUACCUGCAGACCCUGACCACCAUCGCUGCCGAGAAGAAUUCCACCAUCGUCUUCCCCCUGCCCAUAAACAUCCUGCAGGGCCUCCUAGAAAAGACAGAUAAGAGAAGAUCUGGAUACUUCUCGGGGAAGACUCGUCAGGCUGCCACCAGCACUGAGUCUGACAUCUAUAAAAUCUGGGACGAGGCAGUGGAACUGAAAGGCCAAGAUUCAUGAUGUGUUUUAGGCCUGGGUACCUGUGCCUCGACACGCUGUGCCUUUGUCACUGGCAAGAGAUGCCCAAGUGCUGUUGCUUUUCUGCCUGUCUGCUGGGCAGGUUUUCCUUUGUGUUUGUCAAGGUGGCAGCUCAAGUAAGCUGAGCUUAACUUCUGGCUGGGAGCGAGAGAAUCAGUUAACAAAGCUGGAAUAAUUAGCAUUGCUGUGCUCAGGCACUUGGAGUGGGAAACAGAGCAACUGCACAGUUCCAGGUUAAUCCUUAGGGAAGAUGAGUCACUCUGUAACUCCUGCUGCUGCAGCUGCAGCUGCCACCCCUGUGAAUUCUUGUUGACACCACAAGAUGCUUUUUGCUCUCAUCCUCAAUAAAAAACAUGCUGUUUACUAAUGA